UCAAUGAGGGCUAGCAUGACGUCAGCAGAAGCAAUGUCAACAAUGCAGCUCCUGCAGGAGAAAAGGCGUCACAUUCUACGCAGGCGCACGUGCACGCGCACAGCGCCCGAUGCCGACGUUCCAAGUGCUAAGUAAGCGUGGAUCAGAGUCUGCGUGGAAGCGUGGAAGAAGCAAGCAAGCAGGAUGCAGCAGAGUGACUUUCAGAAGUAAGCAAGCAAGCAAGCAGGAUGCAGCAGAGUGACUUUCCCGCCUGAGGAGGAGCGGCCGGGCCAGCGAGGAGCGGGAAAGAAAAGGCAGCAAAGAGAGGGCCACAAAAAGGGAUGUCGGCUGGCGACGAGCAGGACGGUGAGGCAGCGGUGCCGGUGUAUGUGUACGAGUCCAAAGUCCACUGUGCCAACGUGCUGUUGAGCCUGGAGGAGCAGCGGCGCCAAGGCGUCCUGUGUGAUGUCACCGUGCUGGUGGAGGGCAGGGAGGUGCGGGCCCAUAGGGCGGUGCUCGCUGCCAGCAGCCGCUACUUCCUCCAAGCCUUGCUGGGACACCAGGGGCCGCCAGGUGAACAAGAGCCCAUCAUUAAUCUCCCUGACAAGGUGACCGCCAAGGGCUUCGCCCCUCUGCUCCAGUUUGCCUACACAGCCAAGCUGGUGUUAAGCCGAGAGAACAUCCACGAGGUUAUCCUCUGUGCCGACUUCCUGGGUGUUCACAACCUGGAAGACUCAUGUUUCCGCUUUCUUCAAGCGCAGCUGCAGAACAACAGCCAACUGAGCAGGAACGGCAAGGUGGAAUACGACGAUGACGUCCCAGCCAAUGACGCCGUCUUCUCCGAGGCGUCAUACUCGGACGAUUCUACGGACAGCAGGCGGCAUAGCAGUCAUGUAGCAACCCACGAACCGCUUCCCGCAGACCUUCCGAAAUAUAUGAACUAUCAGUAUCAGCACAACGGUGAAACUCAUGAUGACGAUGACGCCAUCUUGGCCAACCAUUCCUCUGGCAGCCCACCAACCCCUCUUAGCCCCUCCAGGAUCAAAGAGGAACCUGUGUUUCAGGACGAUCGGAGUAGAUACAACCCAGAACUGUGUACAGAAGAAGUGCUGGAGAUGGAGCUAGAGGUAGAAGGGGUUCCAGUAGCAGAAGAAAAUUCUCCGAGCAGCCGCUCACCUUCCUCCUCCUGCCUGCAUUCCUACCUCCAAAGAGGAGGGCUGGAUCUUAGCGGCAUGCCGAACACGACCAUCGAGCAGCUGCUUACCAAUAGACUGUCCUUCAACCACUACAGGGAGGUCGUUAAAGACAGGCAGAAAGACAAAAGGGAAAUAAUGGCAAACGAUGUUGAACCCACAACUCUGACCAGCAUGGCACCUACAGCCUCCUCGUCCAAAAAUGAGGCGGAGCUUGACAGACGCAGUGUCAUUUUCUCGUCGGCGGCAAAUGAGCAAGCGAUGAUGGCCCACUAUGGGAACGAGAUCUCAGGCGCCAUGCAGGGAGCACCACUUUCUUCUGGCAGUGCAUGCCGCGCUCCUGUGAAGGCCUCCAACCAUUCCCCAGCACCGUCCGAGCCAAGAACGCAGACUUCCAGCUCGCAUUCUUCCUUUUCAUACCCGGAAGACGGCGGGAGCGGCAGCCCCUCGUCCAGCCUGCAGCAGUUUGACUUGUCCCUGUCGCCACAGUCUGGUUCCAUCUCCGGACUCUCUCAUUGCCUGGCUGGCAUGGUGGAGCAAAGGGACACCCGCUGUCGGGAGCUUGUUAUUUCUCAGGGUUGUGCCAAGAUCAAAAGUGAGCAAGGGUUUGGUGCCAGUGAGGAAAACUCCAGCGAUGAGUCAGGCUCUUUCUCAGAGGGAGACAGUGAAAGUGGCCUGACCAGAGUCUCUGGACUUGAGGUCAAGCUGCCUUUCCCCGUGGAUCAGAUCACCAACCUGCCACGCAACGACUUCCAGGUGCUGAUCAAGAUGCACAAGUUGACCUCGGAGCAGCUGGAGUUCAUCCACGACAUCCGCCGCCGCAGUAAAAACCGCAUCGCUGCCCAACGAUGUCGCAAGAGGAAGCUGGACUGCAUCCAGAACCUGGAGUGUGAGAUCCGCAAGCUGGUGUGCGAGAAGGAGAAGCUGCUGAGCGAGCGUAACGAGCUGCAGGUGUGUAUGUCGGAGCUGUGGCACAAGCUGUCCUUCCUCUCCCAGCAAGUGUGCAGAGACGUGCAGGGCGGACUUUCACCUCCCACCUGUGCCAGCGUCCACCUCACACCUGACACCUCACCACCUGCCCACCAUCAUCAUCAUCACCACCAUGAUGAUGAUGAUGAUGACGACGAUGAGUUCCUGCCAACAACAAAGUCGCCUCCAGGAAACAAAGCUGCGUGUUUGUCGGCGGCGGCGGCGGGGGGGGAGGUGACGGCGUGCUGUCACGCCAAGGGACCUCCCCCCACGUACGAGUCGCCGCAGGAAGUGUUUAGCUCCUCCUCCUCCGUCACCGUGGAUUUCUGUCAGGAAAUGAUUCGUAAAUGUACCACGGAGGAACAGAAGAGACACGACGGCACUUAGCCUUCAAGUCGUGGCCGUGCAGGUGCUUCUUGUCCUCCCAGCAAUAUUCUUCCACAGGUACCUUCUUCUGGAGCGCCAACUUUCUGUUCCAUACUUCCUGUCAGUGUCCCCGCCCCUUCCUGCCAGCGUCACAGCGCUCCAACUCAGGAAUUGUCCCAAUGUUCACCCGCGUCCUUUUCAACGGACAUGUAGCUUCCUGCUUUGCAUUCUGGGAACUCACUUAUUCACUUUCAUUUGAUCAAUAUGAGGACUAACACUCGUCACCUGCACGGUGGACUAGUGGUUAGAGUCAUGGGUGGGUCGUCAGUUCGAACCCUGGCCAAGUCCAUAACAAUGGGAGCCAUGACCUCCCUGCUUGGCACUCAGCAUCGAGGCCUGGAAUUGGGGGUUAUAUCAACAAAAUGCUGCUGCUCACUGCUCCCCUCACCUGAACAAGGGGGGUGGGUCAAAUGCAGAGGACACAUUUCACCACACUGAGUGUGUGUGUGUGUGUGUGUGUGUGUGUGUGUGUGUGUGUGUGUGUGUGUGUGUGUGUGUGCAGAGACAGGACGUGCUAUAUAAAAGUACUACUUUACCGUGGUAAAGUAGUAACAUGACAAAUGUUACUACAUUUGUCAUGUAACAUGACAAAAGUUAGCACAUGCGCAGCUAAAACAUACAAAACAUCUCCAAGUAGAAUUCUUGUUAAAACAUGGCUAAUGUUAGCAUACGUGCAGCUAAAACAUAGAAAACAACAACUUACCACAACAUGUUUUCUACAUUUGCAAGUGGAUUUGUUGUUAUUAACAGGGCUAAUGUUAGCAUAUGUGAAGCUAAGACUUACAAAACAACUAGAAGUGGAAUUAUUGUUGUAACAUGACCAAUGUUAGCAUAUGCGCGGCUAAAACCACACAAACAACUUACCACAACAUGUUUUUUAGAGUUGGAAGUGGAUUUGUUGUUAUAUCAGGGCUAAUGUUAGCAUAUGUGAAGCUAAGACAUACAAAACAACUGGAAGUGGAAUUCUUGUUAUAACGGAGCAAAUGUUAGCAUAUUGGCAGUUAAAACAAAGCAAAAAUAUCUUCAACAUACUGCAACACCUUUUCAAUACAGUAGUUGCAAGUACAUAUCUUCUUAUAACAGGGCUACUGUUAGCAUAUGCGCAGCUAAAACAACACAAAAACAAUUUACAACUUAGCACAACAUGUUUUUUAGAGUUGGAAGUGGAAUUCUUGUUAUAACAUGAGGCUACUGUUAGCGUCUUUCUAUACUUGGGAGUCAAAUUGGUGUCAUAACAGGACUACUGUUAGCAUAUUGGCAGUUAAAACUACUGUUAGCAUAUUAGCAGUUAAAACUACUGUUAGCAUAUUGGCUGUUAAAACUACUGUUAGCAUAUUGGCAGUUAAAACUACUGUUAGCAUAU